AUGCUGCUUCUUAUACCAAUAGUAUUUGCUAGGCAGAAUGCUGUUAUAUUUAUACUGUGUCGCAACAGUGAUGUAGAACAAAUUGCCAAAACAGUUGAAAACUUCGAAGACAAAUUCAACAAGAACUACGGAUAUCCGUAUGUGUUUGUUAAUGAUAAGGUCUUUACAGAUGAGUUUAAGGAGAAACUGAAUAAAGCUACUAAGAAUAAUGCGACAUAUGGUCAAGUGGAGCCAGAAGAGUGGGACAUGCCUAAGGGCAUUGAUGAAAAUAGGGCUCGAAAUAAUUGGAAGAGACUCGCUGGAGCAGGUGUUCCAUACGCUGAAACACUCUCAUACCACAACAUGUGCAGAUAUUACUCUCGUGGAUUCUAUAAACAUCCACUUGUAGCAGAAUACGACUGGUAUUGGAGAAUUGAACCAGGAGUGGUUUUCCACUGUGACAUCAAUUUUGAUCCAUUUGAUUAUAUGGUUCAAAAUAACAAGAAAUACUCGUUUGUGAUCAGCAUCUAUGAGUUUAUGAUAUCAAUAGAAACACUGAUGCAGAAUACAGCUGAAUUUAUACUCGAAAACAACAUACCAGACAAGGAUAACCUGAAAUUCAUGUUUGAUCUGGGCAAAUACAAUGGGUGUCAUUUUUGGUCGAAUUUUGAAAUUGCCAAUUUUGACUUCCUGAGAUCAGAUUUGUAUGAAAAAUACGUUGAUUUUCUGGAUAAGAAGGGAGGAUUCUACUAUGAACGAUGGGGAGAUGCACCUAUUCACUCAAUUGCUGCCUCACUCUUUCUAAACAAAGAUGAAAUCCACUUCUUUGAUCAAAUUGGAUAUACACAUGAUAUAUUCACACAUUGUCCUACAAAUGGAGUCAAUUGUGGAUGUGAUACCAAGACAAGCGUAGACAACUUACCUAAUUCUUGUUUACCGAGGUAUUUGGAUGAAAUGCGUCACCAAACAAUUUAA